AUGAUGACUAUGGUUCCGCCAACCUCGUCGCAUCAACCAGAUCCAAAGUUAACUGAACAUGUCUUACAACAACCGCAAACCCAGAAGCCAGCCAAAAGCCUUAGUCAAUCGGUAGCUGCCACACCUCAUUCCCUUGCUACCCCAUUGAGAUCCCUCACUAUUUCUAGACCAAAGACAAAGAAGGAAAGUGGCGUAUCAAAUAAGUUUAGACCAACUAUUAUUCUUGUUGCCAAGUAUUCGUUUACUGCUGAAUCCUCCAACGAAUUGAGCGUCACUAAGGGGGACAUAUUGAAAUUGUUGGAUCAGCCUCGAGACGGCUGGAUAUUGGUAAAAUAUAUUGACAAGUUACACUCGCCGGGUUUAAUUCCAGCAACGUAUGUUGAUAUUGCAGUAAAUGACCAAACAAACCCGAUAACUAUAAAUUGGUUACAUGGAACUGACAAUGCUGACAUUGUGAAGGAGCAUAACUAUCUCAACCUACAAUUCAACAAGGUCGAGGCCAUCUUCCUAACAAUAAACAAUAGGGCAUACCCGGUUUCCGCUUCAAUUUCGAACUUUCUCUUGUUCAAGGAGAGGUACUGGUAUAGGUUAGAUAUACAGUACAGUGACAAAUCGAGGGCCCACUUGUGUCGGUAUUAUCAAGAUUUUUACAAUUUGCAUAUAAUGUUGUUAGAUUUGGUCAGUCGAAUUAGUUCAAGUGCAAACCUGGAGGACUUGAGAUUGCCAAAGUUACCCGAGCCCUUGCCGACAACAACUACGUUAGAUAACUAUAAUGACGAUGAGGGUGACUCUACUGUCAAAGCUGAGAAAACCUUUGAACAUGAGACCACUCAAGUUAAUAUGUUGUUGAAAAGAUGCAAUGAUUUAAACAUUUACAUCAACAAGCUAAUUUUAAACAAGUAUUUUCAAACCUCGAAAGAAUUGAUUGAAUGGUUAGAAUUGGGUUACAAAGACUCGCCGGGCUAUGUUCUUGAGGCAACUGAUGAAGAUUAUGAUGCCGAGUGGACGAACGAAGAAAUCAACAACAAAAUCCUCCCCGACUCAAUCAAUGUUGUAAAGGUUUAUGAGGAAAAGAAAUUACAAAUGGAGCAAGAGUUGGAGGCUUUAAAGAAAGAGCAGGAGGCGGAGAUGUAUGAGAUUGACGAUGCUGACUUGCCGACUAGGGCAAAGUCGAAAAAUAUCUACAACAAUUACCAACAAGCGUCGCAUAUAAUGUCAAUUGCUCAAGUUUCAAGACAAGGUUCAGUGAAAUUGACUAGAGCUGACUCGAGAUUGAACCUGUACAAUGCUACCAGGACUUCUAACAGUCAGAACAAUCUGCCAGAAGUGCUCCGUAAGCAAGCAGACCAUACGGAUCGUGCUGACACAUCAACCAACAGUUUAUCCACCACUUUCUCCCCUAUUGAAGAGGAUCAACAUUAUGGAGGCUCUCCUGAUACAUCACGUGGCUCUCACACUAUGAAAUUAUCACGUAAAGAUUCGUUCAAACCUGAAGAGCCUAAUGCAGCAUCACCACAAUAUUCAAAAUAUACGAGUUAUCAAACAUCUAUUCCGCUGAGUCCACAAGUGCCCUCAUUGCAGCAAAAACCACCAACUUUAUCCAGCCCCGUUAUUCAUUCCCCAAACAAUCAAUAUAGUCCUAAGCUUGGAUCAUUACCGAAGGUCAAGACCCAGUCUUCACAUCAACAGAUUCACCCGUAUCACGAUAAACCAUACCAAUUGCCACAAUCUAUGCCGUCCAAGAUGUCACCCAUGGGUGUCAACUCUCAGGUUUUCCCAGUAAGUGGAUACACUAAUGCUAGACAUCCAGGCUUCAAUGCAAAUGCAAAUAAUCCACAUUUCUCCGCUACCUCAAACUACUCCCAUAGCUCUGGCUCCCCCUCGCCAACUUCUGCCAAUGCAAUCUCCAAUAUGAAACAUCAAUAUAUCAAAUGCAAGAUUGUUAAUCCACAUGAUGAGAUUAUUGCUUUAAAAUUAUCCAAAUCACAAAUUAAAACAAUUGGCGAUUUGAAGAAUUUGAUAAAGAGUAAAGUGUUUUACAAUAAGUUGUUUAUCAAGUUACCCAAUUUGAACAACUUUGAAAAUAUUGAUGUUGUUAAGUUUAAUAUUACCGAGUUUUUGAAAUUCAAUGACAGGGUAUUAUUGCGGAUUGCCUGA